AGGUUUUCGCCAAAACCUUCAUUUCCCAUUACACCCUUUCGGCUUUUGCAACGAAACGACAAAGACCCAAGAGCAACAACCGACCGCACAAAAGCAGGAAGCAGCAGAACAGCGUAAUCGUGCUUUUCUUUUUCUCUCACGAUGAUGGGUCUGAGCAAGCUCGGAACCACGAUAAUGGCGGUGACGGCGUUUACUCUGGUGGCCCUGGCCGCGGAGAUCGUGUACGUGCUGUGGCAACGGCGUCAGACGCUCCGUCCGCGCGUGCGCGUGGAACCCCAGGAGGCUUCGCGCCAGUGUUCUACCUCGUCUUCUCCGAGCGAUGAUGACUUGGACCUGGAGCUGGAACAGCACGUGAUGAAGUGGCACUGUCUUAACGGUCCCUCUAGGGUGCUCUUCACCAUUAAGGAGGAAGAGAGAGAAGAGGUUGAGUCCGAUAACGGUAACGGUAACAGUUCGUCCGUGGAGUGUAACAAAAAGAAGUGGGUAAGUGAACGUGUGGCGGUGGACGAGGUCGCCAUCACCGUCGCGGUCGAGGAAUUGUUGGACGAAACGACGCCGUUCUCGACGCCGUGUGCUUCACCUCCGUACUACACGCCGCACGCUUCGCCGAGUCGCGAGUGUCGUAAAGAUUAAAACGACGGUUGUUAUGGUUAAACACCAGCACCUCGUACGUUAUGAAGAGGUAUUAACAUUGUAAUUUAGAAUGCUUAGAUUGUGUAGAUUUAGAUUAAGAUUUAGAUUGAAUGAAUAUGAAUCCAACAUUGGAAACGAAAGGGAAAGUUUGUGUAAAAUAGUAAAAGUGCUUACUAUUACUAGUGAAGUGUGCUUGAAUCCGGGGGUCA